AUGCCCAACUGUGACAUCGUCAUGGACUCCACCCGCUUUCCGCAGAUGAUCUCCCGCACGCAUGCGCGCCUCGUGACCACCAACGUGGGCACCCCUCAGCAGGAGUGGGCAAUCCAUGACUGCAAGUCCAUGAAUGGUGUCACCGUGAAUGGCGAAGCUGUUGGCGUCUCGGGCAGGACGCUGCGGAUGGGCGACGUGGUGAACUUCGGGAAACGCGUGGUUCCGCCGGAGUUUGAGUUCAUCUUCGAGGCGCCACAAAGCAGCGGCUUAGCAGAAGAGGCCGAGCCGAUGAUGCCGGCGUCGCCGCAGAGGGUACCGGACGCAGCACGAACGGACGCGAGCACGUGCUCCACGCGAGCACGUGCUUCAUCGCAGGAGCUUCAAAAGUCCGAGAAGAAGCGCGAGGCGAUUCCCAAGGGCUUGAAGAUCUCGGAGCUCUCCAAUGAGUUGGCCUGCUGCGUCUGCAAGGAGUGCAGGGUCACCCGGGAGCCGGUGCGCACACGCGCGGUGGAUGCCGUGGUGCAGAAGACGGUCUCGCAGAUCUCAGCGGAAGAGCAGGCGCCGAUCUCGGGCCGACAAGGUGAGUUGGGUGAGUUCGAUGCCUUCUUACGCCGGUCUUUGGAGCACUCUAGCUGUGACCUGUCCAAGGCGCUAAGAGCCGGGAAGAAGUUCUUCCACAUCAACCAGCUUUGGGGGAAGAAAGACAAAGAGACGUUCAAGAAGGGCGUCAACCAAUACCCCGCUGGGAACGCCAGGGAGAGAUACUGCAAGUUGACCGGGAUGACCGUGCAGUGGGCCGAAGGCUCAGAUGAGGGUGUCCAUAGUGCGGAUUCAACUCAGUUGAACGUGGCGCUGCACAACGUGGGCCUGGGCGCACUGGUCCGGUGGACCGCCCUGAAGACGAAAUCCGCCAAAGGAUGUGAAGCAAUUCCCGUGGGCUUGCGGCACGUCCAGCUACCACUUCCAGCUGCACAGAACGCAAGGCUCGAACUGGAACGGCAGAUGCGGCCAGAUCAGCGAAAAUUGGAGAUGACCUAUUCCUUCUCCUCUCUCCGUGGAGGACGAGACGGAGGUCAACUGAGGAGGCUGCCAGGGCCCGAAAACUACCCAGCUUGUGCUCAUUUAAUGACGCUGACGCAAAAGGAGUUCGACAUUGACCCCAAGGACUAUGGAGAUGAAUUGCUUCAGGUGAUGGUGCGACAAUACUUCCCCGGCAAGGGGCUCCGCUUGCAUGCUGACAGCAAGGAGAUGUUUCAGGAGCGGCUCAGAUUACCACACUACCAAGGAGCCCGUUCUGGCGGUGAUUCUCCGUGCGGGAGGCUUGGGCGAUGGCCUGCGACUGCGGCCGAUGAACGCGCGGAUGCCGAUGACCGAGGUCAUCGUGCCGGAGACCGACGGGCUGGCACUGUGCCUGGAGCGGGCCGCUCGCUACGAGUGGGGUCACGAGGUGCCAGAGGUUUCUCAGAACCGGCUCUCCAUCACUUGGCGCUGGUUUAA